CCAAAUUCAAAUUCAAAACUCUUUUCCACGGUUCCUCUCUCUCUUAUCAUUCAUUCUCUAUCUAGGGUUUUUCCGCUGUCCAAGUUUGGUAAUCGCAUUUUCUCAGUAUCUCACAAACGGCUGGGAGCUCACUGCUCGCCCACAGACACCACCACAUCAUCAGAGCUCACCUCAGCGGCUUGGCCCAUCUCCGUUCACCGCCAACGCACGCUCUCUUCCAUCUGUGCUCGGCUGCUGGCGUCUCGCCGCGCCUCCGCCGGUGAGUGCUCGAGGCCUCGAUCUGUGCUUCCUGCCGCGUGUCGUCGUCGUCCGUCAUCACUGCACCCAACCCAACGCCUCGUUUGCUCGCGAAAAUCGCCCCUGUCCUCCAUCUCUGCUCGCCUCAGCUGCUAGCGUCUUGCCGCGCCUCCCUCCGCCAGUGAGUGCUCGAGCUUUGCGUGGGUGUUGCUGCUCGUCGUCCGUGGGUGUUGCUGCCUGCACUGCUCGUCUGCCUGCACUGCUCGAUUCUGCCUCUGCAACAACAGUCAGCAGGUUGGUUGAUAUGGAUUCCACAGCACAGACAUACCAACAUCGCCCACUUUCAAUCAAGUUAUGGCCCCCUAGCCAGGGUACUAGGCUAAUGCUUGCUGAACGAAUGACCAAGAACCUUACAACCCCAUCCAUUUUCUCUAGAAAGUAUGGGCUGCUUAGCAAAGAAGAGGCCGAGGAGGAUGCUAAGCAAAUUGAAGAAAUUGCUUUCACGACUGCAACCCAGCACUUUGAGAAGGAGCCUGAUGGUGAUGGGAGUUUUGCAGUGCAAAUUUAUGCCAAGGAAUCGAGUAAGCUCAUGUUGGACGUUUUGAAAAGAGGUCCGAGAGUGAAGGAGGACGGAGUAUUGGUAUCUGAAAAGGUUACUGUAACCGGUGAAACUGUUUUUGACAUAUCUGGUGGUCGCAGAGCCUUCAUUGAUGCAGAAGAGGCUACAGAACUGUUGGAGCCAUUGAGGGCACCAAACUCUUAUACUAAGAUAUGUUUCAGCAACAGAAGUUUUGGCUUGGAAGCUGCUCAAGUUGCUGAACCCAUCCUACUGUCAAUUAAGAAUCAAUUGAAGGAAGUGGACCUGUCGGAUUUUAUUGCUGGCAGGCCGGAAGCAGAAGCUCUUGAAGUGAUGACUAUAUUCUCCUCUGCACUGGAAGGUUGUGUUUUAAGGUACCUUAACCUGUCAAAUAAUGCCAUGGGUGAAAAGGGAGUUAGAGCAUUUCGGUCCCUCCUAAAAUCACAAAAUAACUUGGAGGAGCUUUAUUUAAUGAAUGAUGGUAUAUCAGAGGAAGCUGCAAAAGCAGUAUCUGAAUUAAUUCCUUCAACCGAGAAGCUCAAGGUUCUUCAUUUUCAUAAUAACAUGACUGGAGAUGAAGGGGCAAUUGCUAUUUCUGAAAUUGUGAAACGAUCUGCAGCUUUGGAAGAUUUUCGGUGUUCAUCUACCAGGGUAGGUUCUGAUGGUGGUGUUGUCCUAGCUGAGGCACUCGGAACUUGUAAACACUUGAAGAAGCUUGACUUGCGUGACAACAUGUUUGGUGUGGAAGCUGGAGUCGCCCUGAGUAAAGCUGUACUUGGAUUUGUUGAUCUGACGGAGAUAUACCUUAGUUAUUUGAACUUGGAGGAUGAUGGUGCAGAAGCCCUUGCAAAUGCAUUGAAGGAAUCUGCACCAUCGCUGGAAGUAUUGGAUAUGGCUGGAAAUGACAUUACUACAAAUGUUGCUGCUUCUUUAGCUGAAUGUAUAUCAUCAAAACAGUUCCUUGCCAAGUUGAAUUUGUCUGAGAAUGAACUGAAGGAUGAAGGUGCAAUUUUGAUCAGCAAGGCAUUGGAAGAGGGUCAUGACCAGUUACUUGAGGUUGAUUUGAGUACAAAUUCAAUUACUAGGUCCGGAGCUACGGUUUUGGCUAAAGCUGUUGUGAAAAAACCUAGAUUUAAGUUGCUAAACAUUAAUGCUAACUUCAUAUCUGAUGAAGGGAUAGAGGAGUUGAAGGAUAUAUUUAAAAGUUUACCUGAUAUGCUGGGUCCUUUGGAUGAGAAUGAUCCUGAAGGAGAAGACAUUGAUGAGGAGGCUGAAGAAGAUGCUGAUCGCGAUGAAUUGGAAUCAAAACUGAAGAGCCUUGAGAUUUAGGAAGAUUUAUAGGACAUAGACAUCCAACUUUUAUAUUAAAUUGAUUUGUAGUCAUCAUCUAUUGUAUGUUAGACUUCUGAAUUCCAUGUUAGCUUUAGAAUCAUUUAGGGUCAAUUAUGUUUUUCUAUGGCUGUUGGUUAUCUUUGGUUGGUUGAUCUAUUCUCUUCCUUUUAUCCUAGAGCUAUAGACCAGAUCAUCAGAUUAAUCUACCAGAAUCUAAAAUACGUAAUA